AUGCCUCCCAUUUACCAACCUGAUCCCAGUACGAACGCCGCCGGCCUCGGGGUUGGGAGAGUCUAUGAUAUCCUCGUCAAGGCUUCAAUCCCAGCGAGAAUGCCCGCCGCUGAGAUCGUCCGAGAUAUGAUAAAUCCGCGAAAACGCAAAUUGUCCAAUGUCGUUCCUCGUUUUCUGAACCACAAGCUGAAGGACUUCGGACUUAGUCACGACAAAGCACGAACGUGGCCCGGCGUGCUCGAAUGCAUCGACAUUUGCAGCCUCCAAACAGCCUCCAACUCGCCCUCCACCCGCCGGACUUUGCUAGAGUGCUCAGCGAGAAGUUCACAAUACAGUCGUGCAUCUGCAUCUGGAAAGUCGCGAUCGGCUUCUUACUGA